AUGGCCACCCAAAGCCAGACCAUCCGUCACAUCACGGAUCCUAUUUUACACACCAAUCACAGUCUACCCAUCCGCACAACUCAACACCGCGAGCAUUCGCCAUCCGCAGCGCCCAACAUGCCCCGGCCUUGCACCGCAUCACGACCAGCUUCACGAGCUUCUGGUCCCCCGCCUCUAAAGCACAUGAUCGUGCCUGCUUCGUCCAAGAUUUUCCCAACUGCCGUCGUUCAUCGAGCGCCUAACCAACCCAUUGGUAUGCUACAACAGCCUCCAGCGGGUCUGGGCCCUUGGGGGUAUUCAGCACCUAUGCCUGCCGCCAACUUUGAUCCUGGGAUAGGAACCAUGAACGGCCUCUCCGGAACUCCGAGCGGGUGGGGGUUGAAAACGCCGAAUCCAGCGUUGGAUCCAGGCAUGGGAGACCAGCUCAACUUUCUUCAGCCCAUUUCCCAGCAUAACCAACACGGCGCACUCAACUUGCAACAACAGCUCUUUGGCCCGGGGUAUCAACAAUCACUGUCGCAAACGGUCUACAGCCCUGGAAGCUUCCAGCAGCCUGCGGUAUGGAGGGAUGGAAACUUUGGCUACCAGACAAUGAUUCCACUUGCAAAUAACUACACGCCGCAAAAUUCGGUUGACAGUGCAUUCAUGGGCGCUCAAUCCACAAUACACCACGGCCUGCUCAAUGCCCCGGGACUAGGGCAACCAAACCAUUUUGGCCUACCCCUGCCGAGUCAGCCUCUCGACGAUGGCUUUGCUCGCUAUGGGGCUAACCACAUGGCGCACUAUGCUGCCAACCCUGGACGGAAUUCCAUGCCGAUGAUGUCUGGUGCAGGGCACUUCGCCAAAGGGGUCAGCGCCGGGGAACCAGGAUCACCAACCCAGAUUCAAGGAAAGGGCGCUUCAAAACCGUCGUCCGCCUUUGCGGAUCCAGCAGGGGGUUACAUGCAGCAAAUGGUCCAGAAGGAGGUGGCUGCACGGAUAUUUACCCACAACCACCAGCAGCGCGGAUAUCAUGAGAUGGGCUCGCCUGUCCUCAACGCUAGGGCUUCACUCGACAUGCUCUCUACACUUUGUGAGCAAAGCGGUUGGAAGUGGGUUGAGGGCAUGCUCCUGGGAGGAUGUCUUCACUAUGGCCUGGAGCGCUAUGAAGAGGCCCUGGAGUGGUUCAAGCGGGUUGUGAACCUAGACCCAAGGCACGAAGAGGCAGAGCAGCACUGGAUUAAAGCUAUCAAGCUGCGCCCGAGUUAUCUGGAAGCAGUUGAGCAUCUCGUUAGUUUACUCUGCUCGUUGCACAGGAACGGUGCGGCAGUGAACGCCAUCGAGUUCAUCCAACGAUCUUUGAGAAUGCCAGGGCCAGAUCUGCCUCGGGAUCAAGCCAGCGAGACCGCCAGCGAGGCCGAUCUUGCUUCGCCAAUGACACUGGCCGAGUCAACCCCCGAUCCAUAUGUGCUAGACGCCGACAGCACCGAUAGCCCGGAGCAACGAUUCGCUUCCAUGGCCGAGGACCGCAAGUCACCCGGCUUCGGUUCCAGCGGCUACCGCAUUCCGGGGAGCGAGAAUGGCCGCAUGGUUCUGCUUAUUCACGCCAAAGGGAACAUGCUCUACUCGUUGAAGGACAUCGACCGUGCCUCCGAGGCCUUCGAGGAGGUUGUGAUGAUUAGCGCUGGGAAACAGGUUCAGGGAGUCAAGCCUCUCAUUAAGAGGAUACAAACAGUCCUGGCCCCCCGUGAUCCUCGGUCGGGACAUCGCCAGGGCUCUGUGGGGGGCAAUCUUUCCAUCCCCUUGCUGCUCCCUCCGGAUAAAGCGAAGCUCACGGCUCAAUACGUCUUUGCUCCCACCGGUGGCCAGUUACCCGGACUCCAACAUAUGGCCGAAGGGGCUCACAAAAAAUCCGUGGUGGCAACAACAAGCAACUCGCUUUUGUCUCUGGCUAAGAUCUACCAAGAUGCGAUGUCGAAUGGCGGCCCAACUUCCGGCUUGAUCCGCCAGCCUGCAGGUGUCGGUGACAUCCUAUCCCUUUAUUACCUAUCCUUGUCACUGCAGGAAAGCCCGUCGACCGCCAACAAUGUGGGGAUACUUCUCGCCGGCGUCCAGCAAACCGCACCGGUACAAUACAUCUCGGUUUCCGACAUGGGCCUUGCUGCCAGCGUUCCCGGAAUCGUUCCCGGAAGUGGCUUGUCGCUGGCACUCGCCUAUUACCAGUACGGACUCACGUUGGAUCCGAAACAUGUCCAUCUCCAUACGAAUCUAGGCAGUCUUCUCAAGGACAUUGGACAGCUAGACAUGGCUAUCUCGAUGUACGAGCAGGCUGUGGCGUGUGAUGGGUCGUUCGACAUUGCCCUGACCAAUCUUGCAAACGCGGUCAAGGACAGGGGUCGGGUCAACGAUGCUAUCAGAUAUUACCAACGGGCCGUGGCGGCGAAUCCGGAUUUUGCCGAGGCAGUCUGCGGUCUCUCGACUGCCCUCAACUCGGUUUGUGACUGGAGAGGGCGCGGUGGCGUCUUGCUUGCCAAUGGCAAGUAUGAUCGGUGGCAUGUGGACGACAAGGGCAUGCUCCAGGACGCCAAGGGCCAGGGCCAGGGAAGCGGUUUGAUGAAGCGCGUUGUCGACAUGGUCGGUCGUCAGCUCAAAGAGUCGUCGGCAUGGGGCUGUGGGGUUCUGCAGGAGCGGUCGAUCCUUCAGCUGGCAACCGAACUAAGAGAUGCCGGAGCCGGUAUCACAGACGCUUUCCUCGACUUGGAAGCCGAACUCCAGAAAUGGGCUGGGAAACCGAGUGAGGGUUAUCGGAUCCUUCGCCUCAUCGAACGGUCCACGGUCGCUGCCAUGCGUUCAUGGUACCAGGAUAAGCACAUCAACGGCACCCCAUCACCCACCGGGUAUCGCCGCCCAAAGCCUCCAGCAAGCCUAUCAGUUCCGUCAGCUCCGACAGUCCUGCCGUUCCACACAUUCACGUGCCCCUUGGCGGCGAAGGAUGUCCGAACGAUCUCGCAGAGGAACGCUCUGAGAAUAUCGUUUUCGACACUCAGGUCGCCCUGGAUCCCGUCAGUCGUUUACGAACCCCCAGAUCCGCCGAGCCCGCACCUGAACGUGGGAUACGUUUCUUCUGACUUUAAUAAUCAUCCCUUGGCGCACCUGUCCAUUCACCGUCAGCAAAUCGAGCGAGAAGCGCCGGUCUUCCGCGAUGUCAGUGCCUUCUCCCCGGACAAGCUGGUUCAGCAGAUCGUCCAGGACAAGAUUCACAUCUUGGUCAACCUCAACGGCUACACGCGCGGUGCCCGUAACGAGGUUUUCGCCGCCCGCCCUGCCCCGAUCCAAAUGUCGUUUAUGGGCUUUGCGGGCACACUGGGCGCCGAGUGGUGCGACUAUCUCUUGGCUGAUUCGACCGCCAUCCCGCCAUCAACCCUUCGGCCGCACCGGAGCAACCUGACGUUAGAGGACGUCUUCCGCGACGAGAAAGAUGCCGAUGCCGAGGACUGGAUCUACUCGGAGAACAUCAUCUUCUGCCGCGACACGUUUUUCUGUUGCGACCACGCACAGUCUGCCGACGGGUACAAUGAGCGGGACGUGACGUGGGAACAGGAUCAACAAAGACGGUGGAAAAUGCGCAAGGAGCUGUUCCCGAGCCUCCCGGACGAUGCCAUCCUUCUCGGGAACUUCAAUCAGCUCUACAAGAUCGACCCGACGACCUUCCGCUCCUGGUUACGCAUUCUCGCAGCCGCGCCAAAGGCCUACCUCUGGCUGCUACGUUUCCCAGAACUCGGCGAGACACACCUCCGUCGCACCGCGCGCGACUGGAGCGGCGAGGGCGUCGCUAGCCGCAUCAUUUUCACCGACGUCGCGCCCAAGCUGCAGCACAUCUCGAGAGCACGCGUCUGCGACUUGUUCCUCGACACGCCCGAGUGCAAUGCCCAUACCACCGCUGCCGACAUCCUCUGGUCCAACACGCCGUUAUUGACGCUGCCACGGUAUGAGUACAAGAUGUGCUCGCGCAUGGCGGCCUCGAUCCUCAAAGGGGCGCUUCCCAAAGGACCGGAAGGCGAGCGGGCGGCUCAAGAGCUGAUCGCCCGUGACGAGGCCGAGUACGAGGAGUUCGCGGUGCAGCUUGUUAACGGGCUGGCGUAUCGGUCACGCGGAGAGUACAGGGAGGGGGUCGGGAGGCUAUCUGACUUGAGGAGGUUGUUGUUCGAGAGCAAAUGGACCUGUGCGCUGUUUGACACGCGGCGGUGGGUCAGGGACUUGGAGGAGGCGUAUGACAUUGCUUGGGGCAGGUGGGAGAGAGGAGAAGGGGGCGAUAUAUACCUUUGA